CAUUAUCCCUCAAGUGAGACAAGGAAUAACCUACAUUUGGACUCUUUCUCUUUAACUUGAGGCCGUACGCGACAUCUGUGGCGCAACCUUCAAUCGCGUCUUUCCACACGAAGGCUGAAGCUCCCUGCUGGAAUUCCGAGCACUCAAUUCGUGCGGAUAAGCCGUUCCGCAGCUCGACUUUGGACUUCAGAUGGAUGCGUGAUUUCUAGCUGUAUUGACUAAAAACGGAAAUAGGUUAAUAUAGCCUAUGGUAAAAUCCGCCUUUUGUUCUUUCUCCUGGAUAAUAAUGGCAUAACCCUAUGAUGGACUAAAAAAUCGACAACAGUGUACUGUGAAUUAUGGUUAGUUUCAAAAUCGCAGGCGGUGCUAUUGUGCCGAUUCUAUAGGCUACAGGUUCGCGUAAAGGCAAUUUCAGUUGCCAGAUGCUUCAGGAGUAACCGUGGUCACUUCGUGUCGGAACUACGACCAUCCUCAAGUCAUCACCACUUUAUAUAACUGGGCUUUGUGUGAGAGGGAAAUACCCAUACAGUACCCUAGCAAUUUACACAUAACGUGAUGAGGCUUGCUGAAUUCGGUGGAUACAAGGAAGAAAGCAGACUGUGGAAUUAUCUAUGCACGGAUUCACCAGACUUUCAGAAUUUAACCAGGCUGCCCUUUCAGUUCCCCUCAGUCUGUUCAAAUUUUGGAUCGUCUUCCCCUCCCUGUCAAACCGGAUGUUCUAUUCCUUUUUGAGAUAAGCAGGAAUUUAAAAGACAAGAAGAAAACCAAUGGACUUUGGCCUACAACUGAAGAAUCAUCAGUACUGGAGGCGCCUUCUCUAAAGGAAACAUCAAUGAAGGGCUAACCCUGAAGUUAUUGAAAGUGAUAUUCACAAGAUCGGAAUGAGUGAAGGAAAAAAUAAACAACAAAAAGAAUCAGUAAAAGUAACAUGCCAUUAGCAUCCAAAGCCCUGUGGGAUUUUCCUCUAAGCAAAUUCCAUAAAUUAUUGAGCUUGUUCUUGCAUCCUCCUCUCCGCAAAAUUUCACAGCUUUGCAAAAAUGCAAAAUGACUAUUCCAGCCAAGCGUCGUCUUUAAGCUUGCAGUUCAACAGAGGAGUUAUGAAUGACGGUGCACAGCGCGAGUCUGUAUUCACAGUGGAGGCGGACGUCGUUUUUCACGCCGCCAGCGAUGACACCCCCAUCUCUUGCGGGGUAGGCCGGCUCAGCCUGACCGAUGAGGAGGAGGACGAGGAGGUAGAGCGCGUUGAGAGCGUGCCCGAAAUGGGGUCGAUGGGGGACAGCCAGGCUUACUGCCGGCAAAGGACUACGGUCACCAAGGGAGCGGGGGCCGAGACGGAGUCAGCAUCAAGUGAACGCCACAGCAACAAUACCGGUCAUCAUCACUGGGGACGCGAGGCCGGCACUUCGGACACAGAUGCAGUUCACGUUUCUACUGACAGAAGUUCCCGGGUGCACUUUCAGCAAUGGGAUACGGGUGCCUCUCAGUUGCGAGGGAUGGAUCCGGCAAGGGGACAGAGUCAUUCGGUCAGCAGAAACGGAACGACAGAGGAGGCUGCCGGCACACACGCGGAAUCCCCCUGCAGCCUGGGCUCAUCGCUGUGCUUCCCUGGGGGAACCAAAGAGGAAACAGAGAGGGCCGCUUCCUUAUUCGAGCAGGGAAGAAUAGUGAGGAGCCAGUGUCAGAUUAACAAUGCCAACUGCACGCUGGAGGAGAAGGGAACCUCGCUGCCUGCUGCUUGUUCCAUUUCCAUGGGAACAGAGCCAACAGGCGAGCUGGGUCAUCUGGCCAGUGCGGGACAUGGAACAGAUUGGAGGGAAUACGACACAAUACAAGGAAACUCGAGGCCGGAAUCGGACCAAGGUGCGCGGGGUCAUGUUGUCCAAGACAGCCGUGCUUUAAAAGCAGAGCCGGACUUGGUGAUCGAAGUGGCUGGGAAGCAGAUCCAGGCACACAAGUCUGUUCUGGCGGAGAAAAGCGAUUAUUUCAAGGCGCGGCAAUCCAGGGACAUUCUAAAGGUCAAAGGGGUGACAUACAAGACUCUGAUGGUUUUAAUAGAAUAUGUUUACUCCUCCCGGAUGGAGGUGAACAAGGAUAAUGUCAUAGAGGUUAUCACCGGGGCGAAAAUUCUUCAGAUCCCAUGCGCCGUUCAAGCCGCGAUGGACACAAUGUCAGAGCAGAUCACUGCUGAAAACUGUUAUGAGAUUUUAUGUAUUGCUAAAAAGCAAAGAUUGAGUGACUUGAAGGAGACGGUCUAUCGGUUCAUGAGUGACAACUUCCUGCAAAUACUAAAGGACCCUUCCGUCUACGGGCGUUUAACGGGACUGGAGAGAGACCUGAUCCUCAAAACGAGGAUGGAGGGGAAGAAGUCCUUAAUGGUGGCCGAAAUAAACGACGUUUACGACCGCGUCGGGAGCAGACCGCCGAGCCGAAACAGCAGCCGUCCCCAGAGCCCGUUAUCCGUGACUUCCUGUGAGGACAUCCGCAUGAUAUAUCAUUACAAUGAGUCGACCAAGGAGUGGAAAUCGCUGACUCUCAUGCCAGACGAAAUAAACACAAAGGGCUGCGGGAUUUGCACCAUGUACAAUUACCUGUUCGUCGCCGGUGGGAUAAAGGGGAGCGGCGACAAGGGCAAGCUUUCGGAUAAGGUCUUCUGCUACAACCCUGUCACGGACAGCUGGAGCGAAAUCCGACCGCUGAACCAGGCACGGUCGCAGCUCAAGCUGUUGCCGUUAGACGGCUACCUGUACGCCAUAGGAGGGGAGUGUCUGUUCACGGUCGAGAAGUACGACCCACGCAUGGACAGGUGGACCCCCGUGGCACCUCUGCCCAAAGGGGCGUUCGCCGUGGCCCACGAGGCGACCACCUGCAACGGGGAGAUCUACGUCUCGGGCGGCUCCCUCUUCUACCGCCUCCUCAAAUACGACCCCAAGCGGGACGAGUGGCAGGAGUGCCCCUACAACAACAGCCGGAAGAGGUCCACGGACAUGGUGGCGCUGAAGAGCUUCAUCUACCGCUUCGACGUCAGCCGGGACAAGGGCGUCAGCGUCUUCAAGUACAACACCAUUGUGAAGAUGUGGCACGACUGCGCCACGCUGCCGCAGACGAACCCUCUUCCCUUCCGCUGCGCCGUCAUGGGCAGCUGCAUCUACUGCGUCAACAAGUCGCAGACACUGCGCUUCGUCGUCGGUGAGGAGGAUGCGCGGUUCGAGCCGGAGCAUCUCAACGCCCCCGAGGAGACCAAAGGCGUCCUCUUCCCCUUCGUCCUGAGCCUGCCGGAGAAAGCUGACAGAAACCUGUGAUGCUGUGACGUCACGGGGUCGUGCGUAUCCCUCCGUGUUCUCAACGGAGGCUUUGCCUGAACUGCGACCAGUGGACGAUGAGACGCGAACGAUAAUUUAAGUAAAUUUCCAUAUCAUUUUCGGUGGAAUUUGACAUGUCUUAUUUAACUGCUCAAUCCUGGAAUGUUUUCUUCGCAUGGCUUGUUUAAACAUAUUUUUAUGUGGUAUGGAACAGGCCUUAAAAAGGACAGUUUAAAAAAUAGUUUGUGUGUAGCAAAACACACAUUGACAGUUGUUUGAUUUGCAAUAACAGUACAGUACAGUACAGUACAGUAUAUCUAGUUCCUUUGAUGUUUUUUGUUGUGCUUGCUUUGAUUUGUGCACCUUUGUAUUUGCUCUUAAUUCAGAACAGAUAUUUUUCUCAAGGGUAUGUUUGUUGGCAGCAUCCUCUAGUUAUGAAAUUAAGCAAUGCCCAGUAUCGAAAUAUUGUUAGUAAUCAGUUUCAUAGACAGACCAUUGGAUUCAUUCAAAUCUGCCUGGUCAUCUUAAAGUAGAAACUCACUUUGUUGCGUUAAGGUGGUGGAUUCAGCCAGGGAUGGUUGGUUUGUUUGUUUUUGGUUGAAAAGUGUUUUCCCUUUGCAGUUCAACUUGGCAGUACUGAAUGAAUCCAGGGUAUACAGGCAGUCAUAGAAAUAGACAUGCAGAUGGGACCACAUAACCAGAAAUAAUCUCAGACAACCCAAAAUGGUGUAGCAGACAAGAGUAAGGCAUCUCCUCUGGGGUUACAUAACACUUAGUUUUAACCAAUAAGGAAUCCCUAGUCUGACAUUUUGGGAGUCGUUGUGAGGAAGAUAUCCGAUGAAGCUGUCAGUUGUAUGCCAUCUCAUUCCCCUGAAUUUGGCCCAUCCCAAGCUUUCACCAAAGAUCAGUAGCCUAAUUAUGGGAGGCAGUAAUAGUUAUUAUACAUCAUCCUGACAGAGCAUUUAGUGAUGAGGUUCAAUUCUCAACGCUGGGAAAUAGCAAUGUGUCCACAAUUUUAGAGACAAUUUUGCACUUCUGGACCCCUCCCAUUACGCUAGCCCCUCCUCUGGAAUCUGGAGCAGCGCCCUGCAUUUGGGCAUAUGCAGAAAAUUAUGCAAUAGCUUAAGUGUCCCACUGCUGUAGUUAAGAACUGGACACAACAGCUGCUUUUAUUAUGUAAUUUCCCUUACAAACUCACCUUUUUGUGAGUUUUUUUUUUUUCAACCAGGCCAUUUGAUCAGUUAAUCAAUCCAGAUGUAUUUCUUAUAGCAUAUUUUUUUACAAAUGUAUUGUCACAAAGGGCUGGACAGAGUAUGUUUUUCAGAGGGAAAACAAAAAAAACAAAACAGAUUCAAAACAAAAGAGAAAAUCCUGAGCCAAUUGGGGGGGAGCUGGAAAAUUAUUACCUGGCCCAGGAAACCACAGCUUGAGAGACAGUCCUGGAAAAGUGGAAAAGGAAAAAAAAAAACAAAGCUUUGCACCAAUGCUCUGUGCUCACUGGACACAGUGAGGGUAAAUCAUAUACACAGUGUUUUUCCUCAGAAUAAAAACUCUGUUUAAAUUGGGCAUAACUCUGAUGCACAGUGAAUGAAAUGUAGUUAUGUGUUCCUCAUCUUCCCUUACACUCCCCUUUUACAUUGUUGUAGUCCAGUGUGUGUGCGCCGUGACUGCCCUCUUCUGGCUGGUCUGUGCUAGUGCGCUGGACUGACACUGCACACUGCAAUUCAGUGUUCCUGUACCCUAGUCCCACCACAUCUGCUGGUAUGCUAUAGAUGAGGUCUCUUGUAAUUAACAUUUAUUUAGCUAUCAGAUGAAUACAGAAAUAGAUUUGACACUACUCAAGUGUUGCUGUUAGUACUUUGUUACAGAUAUGGAUUGUUGGAUUUACUCAACUGGACCUGGAACACAUUAUUAAUCUGUAAAAAAAAUUAAUGUUGUACCAAGUUUGUUCAAGGUACAGAUAUUGAUAACACACUUUGAAAAAAAGACGUAUUCUUUUCAUAUGAGUACAAUUUUACCUCCAACAGCCUGGUUCUUUCACUCAGAAAGUAAAGCAGAUUAAAUGUAGAGGUGUUAAACAAAGGCUGGCAUUCCAUUAGUGGCUCAGACAACUCUAAUUUCAUUAAGAGCUCACCUGUAAUGUACACCAGCAUAUGCAGUGGGUUCACCUAGGACCAGGUGUGCAGAGAAAGUGACACGGUCAAUGCAGCCAGCUUUGUAAAAGAAAUCCCAAAUGCAGCCUAACAAGUAGGCCUGACCCCAUGCGCAUUACACAGAGGCAAGUGCAUCACGUGACCUAUCCUGUUUCUUCUCUUUGUUCAGCAAAAGCACUUUUACCACUUACCACUUGAUUAUUUUCUGUUGUGCUGCUUUUGAAUGCCAAAUUCCUUGCAGAAACUGGGGGGUUUGCACUCACUCACUGGAUCAUAUCACAUUUUGCACUUCUGUCUGGUUUUUUCUUCCUUUGAGUCUGUUCAUUCAGCACUUCUGUUUGCACCUGUGGGAUUUUUAUUAUUAUUAUUAUUAUUAUUAUUA